GAGGGGGAACGGGGAUUGAGUCUCCAUUUCACAGAUGAGCCUUGAAGACGGAGCCCGGAGAGCAGGGGCAGAGAGAGGUUGGGCGGCACCGGGCAGCUGGAGGCCGGAGGGGUCCCGCCGUCCUUGUGGACGAUGGCCGAGUGGAGGCGGGGGGCUGCCCUGGAGCCCCAGGCCCCCCGGGAGCAGGAGGGCCUUCUGACAGUGAAACUGGAGGAGGACUGGGGCCCAGAAGCCCCCCAACACGGGAACGACGAGCUUUUCCGGCAGCGCUUCCGCCACUUCUGCUACCAGGAGGCGUCUGGCCCCCGCCAGGCCCUGGGCCGGCUGCGGGAGCUGUGCCGCCUGUGGCUGAGGCCCGACCGCCGCACCAAGGAGCAGAUCCUCGACCUGCUGGUCCUGGACCAGUUCCUCAGCAUCCUGCCCGCCGACACCGGGGCCUGGGUGCGAGUCCAGCGCCCCCAGAGCGGGGAGCAGGCCGUGGCCCUGCUGGAGGCUUUGCAGCGGGAGCUGGACGGACCCAAGCAGUGGGUGCGAGAGGAGAAAUUCUUAGUCCCUGCCUGUGCCCCUGGACAGGAAGGGGUCGCAGAGGACACGGCGAUCCCGGGAGCAGCGCGAGCGGCCCUUCCAAUCCCGCCUCGUGUCGGCCCGUCUCCAUCCCGGGAAGACUUGGGAAGCCUUCGCCUCCGCAGGAACCGAUACGACUGUCAAACCGAAAGGAAGACUACGGAGUCCGUCCCCCCGAAGGAGGAGAUCUCCGAAGGAGCAGAUCCGCGCGGAGCCUUCCCGGGAAAACCCCCACAGAAUAUUCCUCCGGCUCCCGGGGCGGGGAAAACCCGUGAGCACGACGUCCGGCGGUGGAGAAAUCCCUCCGGGGGAAGUCUGAGAAAACUGACCAGCGCUGUAAGAGAUGUCCAAGGCGUCCCCGCGGAAACCUCCACCAGCGAGGGGACCUACGAGUGUCGCGAUUUGGGGAAAGGUUUCAAACCGAGCCCGGGCUUCCCUGAAAGGCCGGAAACUUCUCCGGCAGAGAAGCCCUACAAGUGCAGCGAAUGCGGGAAAGCCUUCAGCCGCCACUCGACUCUCAUUCAGCAUCGGCGGAUUCACACUGGGGAGAAGCCCUAUGACUGUAGUCAGUGCGGGAAGGCAUUCAGCCGCAACUCGACCCUUAUCAAGCACCGGCGAGUUCACACGGGAGAGAAGCCCUAUCGCUGUGCUGACUGCGGGGAGGCCUUCAAGCAGAAUUCUCACCUCAUCGAGCACCAGAGAAUUCACACGGGAGAGAAACCUUACCGGUGCGGCGAGUGCGGCAGGGCGUUCAGCCGCCACUCCACCUUUUUCAAGCACAGGCGAACGCACACGAGAGAGCGACCGUCCAAACGCAGCGAGCCGGGCAAAGCGUCCGGGAGCGUCGUCGCGCACCGGGGGCCCCGCGGGGGAGAAAAGCUGUACAAAUGUGACGAAUGCGGGAAAGCCUUCAAGCAGAACACGCACCUGAUCGAGCAUCAGCGCAUCCACACCGGGGAGAAGCCCUAUAAAUGCAGCGACUGCGGGAAGGCUUUUUGUCAGCACUCGACCCUCAUUCAGCAUCAGCGAAUCCACACGGGGGAGAGGCCCUACAGAUGCGACGAAUGCGGAAAGGCCUUCAGUCGCCACUCGACCGUCGUUAAGCACCGGAGGGUUCACACCGGAGAGAAACCGUACCGCUGCAGCGAAUGCGGAGAGGGCUUCAAGCAGAACACGCACCUCGCCGAACAUCAGAGGAUUCACACCGGGGAGAAGCCUUACCAGUGUAAGGAGUGCGGAAAGGCGUUCAGUCACCACUCUUCCAUCGUGAAGCAUCAGAGGACUCACACGGGAGAGAAACCCUACGGAUGCAAUGAGUGCGGCAAGGCCUUUAGGACCCGCUCCGCCCUCAUCGAGCAUCGGAGGAUUCAUUCUGGAGACGAAAUAAGUCUGGGCUCGGGGUUUCACACCAAUCUCUCGGGGUGAGCGAGCAUCGCCAACGAAAUGAACGUCGGUUUUCGGGUCGGGUCUUCUCGGGACAGGACUUCGGUCAUCCCCGGGCACGUCUUCGGACCCGUCGUCGACGCGUCUUCUCGUUUAUUCGGCACGCGCAAGGAGCCGGCCGGCUUGGAGAGCGGCGGAUGGAAGUAGAGGAUCUUUCCGUUUCUCAGAUCUCGCCUAGCGCCUCGUCCCCGCUCUUAAGCGGGGGUGCCGUAGCUUCGGGUGGUGAUUUUUUCACUUUUCCUCUUGAUCGGUGCUUCCUAGAUCUGAGCCCCGUGGGGGGCGGGGACCGUGUCCGAUCUGAUCAUCCCGGAUCUAACCCAGGGCUUAGC